CCGGACAGACCCUCCCCGAGGCUGCCAGGGCGGAGCGGGCUCUGACAGGGCUUUGCUCUCCUCCCCUCCACCAGCUCGAGGCACUGGAAGCCGUUUUUGCUCAAACCCACUACCCCGAUGUGUUCACUAGGGAAGAGCUGGCCAUGAAAAUCAACCUCACGGAAGCCAGGGUGCAGGUGUGGUUCCAAAACCGAAGAGCUAAAUGGAGGAAAACAGAGAGGGGUGCUUCUGACCAAGAGGGCUCUAAGGAAACAAUGGCUGAGGUGGCGCCUCCUACAAGGAAUUUAAAUUCCCCUUCUCCAGCAGAUCAAACCAGGAAUAAGAAAGAGAGUCUGGAGAUCCAGCAGAGCCUGAGUCGAGCAGUGGGUCCUGCAGGACCUUUCUUCCCUUCCUGCCUGCCGGGGACUCUUCUCAACACAGCCACCUACGCACAAGCUUUAUCCCAUGUUGCCUCUCUAAAAGGGAGCCCGCUGUGCUCGUGCUGCGUUCCAGACCCCAUGGGCCUCUCCUUCCUGCCCACCUAUGGCUGCCAAAGCAACCGCACUGCCAGCGUGGCUGCGCUGCGCAUGAAGGCCCGGGAGCACUCGGAGGCUGUGCUCCAGUCUGCCAACCUCCUGCCCGCCGCCAGCAGCAGCCCCACUCCUCCCGCCAAACCUGGCCCCGAGGGCGGCCAGGACAAACAGCCCUCUCCGGCCAAGGAGCACAUGGAAGGAGAGAAGAGCGUAUGA